UGGGGGAGGCCGCGGCUCACCGGGCUGGCUGCGCCCCCACCGGCGCCUCCGCCUUUAACUCUCCCUGCCUCCGUUACCGUCUUCCCCCUUCCCACCUCCCCCACCCGCCGUGCUCAUCCAUCAUCGACCGCGACCGCGACGAGCCCCCGCCCGCCGAUUGGAUUACACGCUUGAUUUUUUUUUUUCAUUUGAUUUGAUUGCAACGCACCGCAGCAGCAGGAAGGGAGGGAUUCUUGGGCCGUCGUUCGGGUGGAUGGUGGAGGCGGUUCGUCGAUUUGAGAGCUCCGGGUUUCUUGGACCUGCGUAGGUAACAACACUGCCCCCAUUUCCUCUCGGCCGGCGGAUGGACGCGAGGGAGGUGUGAAGCCUGGUCGCUAACUGAUGCUCGUGGAGCGAUUCGGAGGAGAGGAGCGCGCCGUGCGGAGGCGGUGGAGGAGGAAGCGCCGACGAUUUGGACAGCGUAGCGGCGGCGACGGAAGGGGAGCAGCAGGCGGACGAGGAGCGAGCCGCCAGGAGGACGACGGCCGCCGCCGCCGCCGCCGCCAUGGGCGAGUCGCUGCUCACCGCGCUCUCCAUGGACACCGCAACGGCCCACCACCCGCACCAGGGCCCCUCCACCUUCCUCUCCAUGGACACCGCCUCCCACGACGACUUCGACCUCUUCCUCCAGCCACAGGGGCCCUUCCGCCGCUGCCUACAUGCCGCGGCGGUCGCCCCCCCUGACAUCAACCUCCCCCUCGCCGCCGACCCGUCUCCGCCCCCUCCGGCGUCGCACGACGUCAACGUUGACAUGCUAGAUGUCGGUCUCGGCGGCCCGCAGCACUACGACUCGGAUUCGCCCGCUGCCGCCGGGCCUGUCACGGCCCCAGCAGCUGCCGCGACCACCAUGGUCGCCGUGUCCCACACCAAGGGCUCCGGUUCCAGCGCUGCGCGCAAGUGCGUCAAGAGGAAUGAUAGCAUCUGGGGAGCGUGGUUCUUCUUCACCCACUACUUCAAGCCAGUCAUGUCCGCUGACAAGGGUGGCAAGGCGAAGGCUGCUGCCACCACCACCACCACCACCGGCGGGAACGGUAAUAGUGCCACACUGGAUGCUUUCCUGGUGCAGCACGACAUGGAGAACAUGUACAUGUGGGUGUUUAAGGAGCGGCCGGAGAAUGCCCUGGGGAAGAUGCAGCUGAGGAGCUUCAUGAAUGGGCACUCGCGCCUUGGGGAACCACAGUUCCCUUUCAGCGCAGACAAAGGGUUUGUGCGCUCACACCGGAUGCAGCGCAAGCACUAUCGUGGGCUCUCUAACCCGCAGUGUCUUCACGGGAUCGAAAUCGUGAGGGCGCCAAACUUGGCAGGUGUACCUGAGGCUGAUUUAAAGAGGUGGAUGGAGCUCACUGGGAGGGAUGCCAAUUUCUCGGUCCCAACUGAGGCCAGUGAUUUUGAGUCCUGGAGGAAUUUGCCGAGCACAGACUUUGAGCUCGAGAGGCCAGCAACCAUGGCUCCUGCAAAGAGCAGCUCACAUGGGCACCACAAGAAGUUGCUGAACGGUUCUGGCCUUAACCUCUCGACACAACCAUCCAAUCACAGUUCUGGGGAUGGCAUGGAGAUCACGGCCACCUGUAACAAGCGCAGGAAGGAUUCCUCACCGGCUGCAAUGGAAGAGGAUUGCAGCAACUCGAAUUCAGACAAGGCCCAAGACAUGGAUGUGAGCCACACCUUUGAGCCAACAUGGAUGAAUGACUUCUCAGGUGUGAUGCGCCAUGCCUCUGGACCAGUAACUGCUGCAAAAACAAUAUAUGAGGACAGCAAGGGCUACUUGAUCAUUAUCAGCCUGCCCUUCGCUGAUUUUCAGAAGGUGAAGGUUUCAUGGAAGAAUACUCUUACAAAUGGGAUUGUUAAGGUAUCAUGCACUAGCGUUGGUCGGAUGCCUUUCCUGAAAAGGCAUGAUCGGACUUUCAAGUUGGCAGAUCCUGCUCCUGAGCAUUGCCCACCUGGUGAGUUUGUCCGGGAAAUUCCACUGCCUACCCGGAUCCCUGAAGACGCUACUUUGGAAGCAUACCGUGAUGAAACAGGGACAGGCCUGGAGAUUAUUGUCCCAAAAUUCCGCGUUGGUCCUGAAGAACAUGAAGUGCAUGUGUCCAUGAGGCCACCUUCGUCAUGGUGCCAAUGAAACUUGUUCAAGCUUGCGGGGAGACACAUAUGGUGCGGAGGUUCCCAACUGUUACCACAAGGCUACUGUACAACAAACGCAGCUCAGUUUUGCUAAUUUUGAUCAGAAACAGUCCUAAUUGAUUGAAGCAUUCUGGUAGUUGGCCAUUGCAGCAUUUGGAACAGUUUAGGAAUAUUCUACAGAUCACAAGGAACAUGUCUGCAUUACUUAGUUCUUGGUUUUGAUAUGUUCUUCUGGUGACACCUUAUGUAUUAUAUUUUGUUUUCGCUGUGUCAAAAGACUAGUUGUCUUGCUCGAUGUGGUACAAUCUGUGCAUCACCUGACACGAGCAAUCGAAUCUGUUUGUUCUACAGAAUGGCAACUGGAUGUAUAGGGCAUAAUUUAUAGUCAUUUUCCAUAGAUUGAGGUUUGCUUUGUUGGCAUUGUUGGGUAAUUCAUCUGAAAUUGGUGGAAACUAGGAAAAAAAGAGAACAUGCCAGUGUCUUUAGGAUUUGUCAAGAGUCUUAAUGGGGUUUAGUGGUGCUGUAGGAUUCUGUCUAGUUUCCAGGAAUUUCUGGAAGACAAGUGUGGAAACUGUAUCUUAUCUGUCAUCAAUAUAGAAGUGCUCAGUGUCUAUCA